AUGCUCUCAUUGAUUUCUGUAUUGCUGUUUACUCUUACUUCGGGUUUUGCCUGUUUUAGCAAUUCAGGACCAGAACAAUGUCCGCGAAUUGGCGGUAGGGUGAAUUAUGCAGAUGCCGCGCUGAAGCUACUGAAUCCGAGUCAGUCAUUGACAAUGGACAAGUCAGACGUUUCGGAUGUCUGGACUAUAUUCAAAAUGACAAUGAGAAGGGCAGAAGCAAAGCCGGAGUGCCGUACUGUUCAAAAUGCAGCACUCGUCAAGGAUGUCUGGUGUACCAUUCUGACUGCACGUGUCGAUAUUCGUAUUGACCUCAUCAAACUCAUUCAUAUUUUUACUUUGGUUCUCAGUUGUAAAGUAGUGUCCUUUUUAUUUCAGGAUAUCACUGCAGAUCAUGUUAAGAUGACCAUUCCGGGGGCGGUGCUGAACCUCAAGUUGGAGGAGAAGAUGUUGGAAAAUAGUGAUCCUACAGCGCACAUCCUGCAGCUUGCCGAACUCAGAAUUCAAAACAUCAUUUCAGUCAUAGACGACAUUAAGCGUUCUAUUCCCAAAGCAGAAUUUAACGGCUGGAGGAAAUGGGCUGUGGCGAACACGGGGAUGCUUUUACAACAGGCAAUUAAUCAGCGCGGAGUAGAACAAUGUCAAUGGUAG